CGCGGAGCCACCUGCGGCCGCCGGGCUGCGGGUACCGGCACCGCCCGGGCUGCCCCGGGCGCCUCGCAGCCGCAGCAGCGCCGCAGGGCUCGGCUCCCACGGCCCGGCUGGGGACGGGACCGGGCGGCCCCGGCGGGGGGGGAUCCAGCGCCGCUUCUGCGGGACCGCCUGGCCCGAGGAUGAGCUCCUGAAGCUUGGGACCUGCAGCAUCCUUCUCUGAAGCAAGAUGAGCACAGCCCCACCCCUGAGCAACAACACCCAGUGCCCACUCAACCUGACUACCACCAAGUCUCAGGAACAAAGCCUCUACCAAAGCUCUGGAGCUAUCGUUGCUGCCAUUGUCCUGGCAGUCAUCGUUGUCUUCACGGUGGUUCUGCUCACACUGAAAGCAUACAACAGGCGCAUGAGGGUGAGGCGAGAGCUGGAGCCCAAGGCCACCAAGGCAGCAAUGCCUCCUGCUUUAGGGCAGGGCAGCAGCCUGGCUCAGCACCCCACAGUGACUUUCAUCCCUGUGGACAUCCACAUGCAGAACAGGUAACUGGGAAGCUGAUCCCCCCGGGAGAGGAGAGAUGGAAUCCUUCUUGCCGUGGCCCUGGGACUCCUCAGCAGAGCAGAGCUGCGCUUGGAAGAGCAACGAGCCCUGGGUGUGUCUGCAGACUGGGACCAGUCCUGCCCUGGGAGGAGAGAAGAGGAGCUCUGGACCCGCUCUGUGCGGCUGAGCCCAGCUGGUGGAGCUGCGCAGGGCAGCAGGGGGCAGCGGAGCCCCCGGCAGAGCUCUGGCUCCGGAGGGAGCCAAUGCAGGCAGCCCAGGGGCUGCGAGGAGCCAAGCGGAGCCUUGGCCUGGGGAGGUGAAGCCUUCCCUGGUCCCUGCUGCCCGAGGAGCAGCUGGCAGAGACCUGGGCUGUGCCUGGCUCUGGCUCUGCCAGGGUGUGGGUGAGCCAGGUCUGCAGUCUGCCUGGUGGGCAGCCCCCGGAGCAGAGCUGGCUUCGUCUGCACUGCGCUCCUGUGUCUCUGUCUGUUGGGUUGAGACAAAAGAGAGAGGGAAAAACCCAAA